ACCAGUGUAGAGCACAGAAACCAAGAUAUAACCUUGAACUAAUCUAUUACAGUGUUGUGUUAGCUGAGGGAAAGUUUAGUGUUUACUAUGAGACAGUUUAAAGCUAAAUUGGUGCUAAUAUGACGCCAACUUAAUGCGUCCGCAGAUGAAAAGUAAAAGCUAAGUUAGCUGAACACGCGUAUUGAAAGUUGUUUUAAUCUGGUGGCAAAGCGAUUCAUGCACUUUAAUUGUUCCUGUAAGCUGUCAGAAAUCAUAACAGCACAUAAUAGCUGUUACCUUUGCUGCUAGCUGGUUAUGUAGCUUUUAAUUUGCGUUAAACCUCAUAUUGUAUCUGACGUUUGUUUGGUUUAGAGACGGAUCUUGAUAGUGUGUCUUCACUGGUUCAAAACAAGACUGCAGUAUGUCAUUAAUAACAGGUUAGGCCACGCUAACUUGACUCACAGCCCCAAAGCACAGGCUACACAUGCCGGCAUGUGGAUCUAUAGGUGCAGUUAUAUUAAGUGCAUUGUUGGACCUAAAAUGUCCUGAUCCAUAUGGAUGUCUCAAGUGACAGCAGGAAUUACUGAAGGCUAGCAUUGUUUACGUUGUCAGAGUCUGCAGAUAAAAGAGUUAGUUACUUGCUAAUAGCUCACAGUCACCAGCAAGUAUGAUCCUCAGCUCUGAUGUGUGUUAGCUGAUGUGUUUUGUUGUGUGUGGGUGUCUGCGCUGGAUGUAAAUAAGAUUAAAUGCAUCCCCUCCUUAUCAGUAGCUCAGUGUUAGCCGGGGAGCUAACAGAGUUGAUGACGAGGUAAAAAUGGCGGAUCUUUCGAAAUCCAACCCCGGCCUGAAAUAGUAACGCAGCCAGCAAGCAGCUUGUCGCUUUUUGCUCAGUCUUUGCCCCAGAUGGGACCACUGCUCCGGGUCUGCACACACAGACGAGUCCAGCUCAGGAGGGUUUGUCUCGGUCGCUUACAUGGAAAGAAUCAGAGCAGUUAGCUGUGUGUGUGUGUGAGUGUGUGUGUGUGUGUGUGGUGGGUAGGGUUCAUAUGUGCGUUUCGGUGGAUUAAUGUUGGGAGUGGAGUGCUGCAGGACAAAGAUACGCCUGAGAUGAUCGCUGCGGCCUAGCUAACCCAGCAUCAGCUGUCAGGCCGUGUCAAACGUGACUCGUGUGCACCCCUCCAUUGAUUAAACCUCACGUGAUUACUGAAACUAACACACAGAGAGCUGAGACUUUGCAAGCAUGGAUGUGGUGUCACCAGAGCUCAACAGCCUCCUUCCUGAUGAGAUCAUGGACACUGAGGCGAUAGAGGACAUCCCUCAGUCCCAACCCGACGGCACCACGGUCCAGUCAGAGCCCAGCGAUGACGCACCGGUCCCGAUGGAGACGGAUACACCCAUAGCUGCAGAAAACCUGAGCCUCUGUGCAGAUGCCACUUCAACAGAACACACUCAGGCUCUCACCACCUCCACCACCUCAGACUCCACGCUCAGCAUCAGCUCCGGAAGUCAGCUUCCUAUCUCAAUUUCCAGCACGUCUGCAUCCCUUCUUACCCUCAAACCAGCCCUGGCUACUUCCAUAGCCACCACGAAAACAACAGACAGUUUGACUGGGACUAGUAUCUCCACAAGUGGGUUACAGAAGCUCACAGCUCCAUUUACCAUCUCUGCUGCAAACCACCAGAUCAUUCUCAACAAGGUGGCCUCAUCUCAAGCCACAGAGGCGGCGAAGGCUGCAGGUACUCAGCCCCAGGUCAUCAAGCAGGAAGGACAAAAACUUUUGGUGACAGCAAUAGGAAAGUCAGGGCAGCCCAUAGUGCUGCAGUUGCCCCACACAGGCAGCAAGGCUGGCGUUUCACAGACUUCAGGAGAUGCCAAAUCUCAAGCGCCACAGUUUAAAGUGGUGACUAUUGGAGGGAGGUCGGAGCUGAAGCCGGUGGCCGGGAGUGCUGGCAACCAGCUGACCACAUUACAGGCCCAGCAGCUGAAGACUGUACAGAUUGCUAAGAAGACACCAGUGUCCUCAGCUGCACCGAUCAAGUUCAUCAUCACAAAAACCGUGAACAGCAAAGGUCUCAGUCCUCAGACGUCAGUGUCUCCUGUUAUUGCAGGACGGGUCCUGACACAGAAUUCCCCGGGGAUGCCUCCGAGGACCAUCAACCUCUCUGAGUCCCACAACACAACAAUACAAAGUAUUCCCGGCAAAAAGAUCGCUAUAUCACCCCUCAAGACUCCCAGCAAGGUGACUGUGGUGUCUGUGGCCUCCCCGACCUCCAGCGCCUCCCAGAAGUCAGUGACGCUCCCUGUCAAUGUAGCACUUGGCCAGCAGAUCCUCACAGUCCAACAGUCCACGUCUGCAUCUCCAGUCAAGGUGGCCACCAGCCAGACCACGACGCAGAGUAUCAAACCGGUGCAGUCUGUGGCCGUGGGAGGCGUCAGUGGCUCCCAGUUCAAGACCAUCAUCCCGCUGGCCACCCAGCCAAAUGUGCAGCAGAUUCAGGUUCCAGGUAGCAGGUUCCACUACGUCCGCCUCGUCACAGCAACCACAGCGAGCAGCUCAACGCAGCCCAGCGGUCCCAGCACCAGCACCAUACAGACAGCUAAACCCAUGGUGGUGAGCACAGGAGCAGUCAGGAUGUCUGUCCCCAUCGUCCCAGCACAGACCAUCAAGCAGAUGGCACCGAAGCCCUUGACAUCAGCAGCCGUAGUAACCACCACACAGACCCAGCAACGCCUGAUCAUGCCUGCCACUCCGCUACCCCAGAUCCAGCCCAACUUCACCAGCCUCCCUCCAGGCACCGUUCUGGCUCCAGCUCCAGGAGGCGGGAAUGUGGGCUACGCCGUCGUGCCAGCACAAUAUGUCACACAGCUCCAGCAGACGCCGUUUGUGACCCUCGCCAGCAGCUCUGGUUUCCCGGCGUCCACUGGGGUCCAGACUCAGGCCAAACUGCCACUCAAUGGCUUGUCAACAGCAGAGACAACCUCAAGGCCGAGGAAACCAUGUAACUGCACCAAGUCACAGUGUCUCAAACUAUACUGUGACUGCUUUGCAAACGGAGAGUUCUGUAAUAAUUGUAACUGCAAUAACUGCUUCAAUAACCUGGAGCAUGAAACAGAACGUCUCAAAGCUAUAAAGACGUGUCUGGACCGGAACCCGGAGGCCUUCAAACCUAAAAUCGGUAAAGGCAAAGAGGGCGAGUCGGAUCGUCGACACAGCAAAGGCUGCAACUGCAAACGCUCAGGCUGCCUGAAGAACUACUGCGAGUGUUACGAGGCGAAGAUCAUGUGCUCGUCCAUCUGUAAGUGCAUCGGCUGCAAGAACUUUGAGGAGAGUCCAGAGAGGAAGACGCUGAUGCACUUGGCAGACGCAGCAGAAGUGAGAGUACAGCAGCAAACUGCAGCGAAGACCAAGCUGUCGUCACAGAUCUCAGACCUGCUCAUGAGGACGACGCCCGUUAUUUCAAGUGGAGGCGGGAGGCUGCCGUACACGUUUGUCACAAAGGAGGUGCUUGAAGCGACGUGCGAGUGUCUGCUGGAACAGGCCAAAAAGGCCGAACAGACUCACCAGCCUCAGGUGGAAGCAGAGAGGAUGAUCCUGGAGGAGUUCGGACACUGCCUCAUGAGGAUAAUCAGCUCGGCGGGGAAAGCCAAAGCAGACUGUGCCUCCAUCAACUGCUAGGCCGAGCUCUCUGGCUCCCUCCACCCUCUAACCUGAACCCAGCUGCGGGGGCCGAGAGGCACGGAUUACUCUGCACUCUGUCUUGGAGCCCCGGGGUUUCUCUCCUGCAGGGAAACAGGUUGUCUCCCUCGACAAAAGGCAGAACAAUGGCCUGAAAGUAGACUCCCCUGCCUGGGGAAAGCUAAGACCAGCUGGGAUAAUAAACACGGAACAGACGUUUGCAAACUGAAGGACAAAUGGACAGAGCACGGCGCCUCUGGCGGACUUUAGAGCUGUUCUCACAUUUGUUCACCUGGCUGCGAUGGACAGAAAUGACUCUGAGCUGAGCACUGAACAGGGAUUUUAACAUUUCUUCACUUUACUUUCCCUCCAAGGGCCCCAUGAAAUCUGUUCUCCAACUUUUGUUGUUCCAUUUUAUUCUGUUCCCUUUUGUUCUUUCUCCCUUUUUGACAAAGCAAUGGCUGUAAUUUUUAUGUAAUCAUCUGUGCUUACGGUAGAAAAACAGAACGUGUAUCUUUUGAUAUUUAUUUUGACAAGUAUUUGUAAUCAUUGUGAGCGCUAAUAACUGUGUGGCUUAUAGUGCUGCAAACUGUUAAUUAUUAUUAACCAACGCUAGGCUAAAUUGUUUCAAUGAAAAAUGAGUAGAGGCAAAUUUAGGUUCACACCUAAAAGCAAAUUAAUUGUAAGAUGAAUGCAAACACAUAAUGCAUUAUGCGCGCACACACACACACACACACACACACACACACACACACACACACACACACACACACACACACACACAUGCAGCACUGCUCAGAGUAGGUGGAACACGGCUGGUUGGGCGGAGGUCGAUGUUUCCUCUGGUGCUGUUUUGUUAUCAGUCACAUGCUUACUGUACAUUAAAACACCAUGAAUGGAAAAACAACUGA